UUUCGUGGCGUUUAUCUAACUGACUCAUCUGAAAGAGAAGAGAAGAGAAAAUGUUGAGAGUCAGCGCAAAGAGGGUUUUCGGAACGGCGUCGCAGGCCAUUAGGGUUCCGGCGCGGUUCUACCACGAGAGGGUGGUCGAUCACUACGAGAACCCCCGCAACGUCGGCUCCUUCGACAAGAAUGACCCCACCGUCGGCACCGGUUUGGUCGGAGCACCGGCCUGCGGCGACGUCAUGAAACUCCAAAUCAAGAUCGACGAUUCCACCGGAAAGAUCACCGACGCUUGCUUCAAGACGUUCGGCUGCGGCUCCGCCAUCGCUUCUUCCUCCGUCGCUACUGAAUGGGUGAAAGGAAAACACAUGGAGGAAGUUUUGACCAUUAAGAACACUGAAAUUGCCAAGCAUCUUUCUCUUCCACCAGUUAAGCUCCAUUGCAGCAUGCUUGCUGAAGAUGCCAUUAAAGCAGCUGUGAAGGACUAUGAAGCUAAACGUGCCAUGGCAGGAGCGGCAACAACUGAACAGAAGGCUGCCACUGCUUGAUUUCUUCCAUGAUGACGAUAACAACAGUUUGUUUGGGUUUGUAAUAUGUUAAUCAGCUGUAGUAUACAACACUUUCACUUCAGAUGUUUGGUUGGAGCAGCUAGUCUGCUAGAUUUUGUUAGCAUUUUGUGGAGUAAAUGCUUGUGAAGCUGGCUAUGGUUUGUUAUCUGUUUGCUUUGCUUUGUGCUUAGCAGGAUUGCAGGACACAAAUCAUGUUUAUAAGUUCCACAAUACAAUGAGUGAAGUGAACAGUAUUUUGUUUUCCACAAUGAAUGUUGCCUUGUUUGUA